AUGCCGAAACACCCCACACGAUCCAUAACCAGCGCCGGCAGCGAGUCCAUUCGAAGUAUACAGCGAUCCUCUCCCCGGGGAGAGCGCUCCGCCUCGAACCCUGCAUCGUACAUGGGAGAUAAUGAUGACACUGCGCUACCGUCAAUGGAAUUUCAUUCGCACAUCCAGCCUAUGUCCCAUCGCAGAACAGGGAGCACCUUGAAAACGGUGAUGCGCAAGAUCUUCAACCGCAAAAGACAAAGUCAGGCCGAUGAACUGGAAGAGAACCCCCACGAAUCGACUUUUGCGAUGCCACCGAUGAGGAAACCAGGGCAAUUAAGAAAACCAUUGCCCGGCGUUCCGCCGCCUUUGAACUUAAGUUCACAUCGGAGUAGUCCACUCUCGGCCCAGAACCUCCUGAUUGCAGAAACGCAUCUCUCUCCGUUAUCUCCUCUAUCCUCUGCCACCUUGCGUGAUUCAAUGCCCGGUAGCAUGCAGCCACGCCGAAGACGGGCAACUCUUCCUAGCGUGGUUUUUUCAGAUGAUGAAUCUCGCUUUGCCGUGGCGUCGACGGCAAUAUCGGACCCGCAAGAGGAUAGGAGCCAUGUGCCAGAGCGAAGACACAGCUUGCUAUCUCACCGGCUAUCAAUGAGCACAGAGGUCUUGCGCGAAAUGACGGAUCACCUGCCCGAGACCCUGCCGCCCUGGCCACAACGUACAUCAUCCGCCCCCGGCCCAGUCUCCAUUUCUCGCUCGCAGUCUCCCCCAUUAGAUGAAAGCUCUAUUAGUGGGCAAUCAGGGAGGCCCUCAUCGGGCACAACAGUGACCAGUGUGACCCGAAUGUCCGCCGCACCAUCUUUGAUGGAAGUCGACCAGCACGCAGAACAAGCCAGCCUCCCGCCGAACGUCGCAAGUCUAGUCAACACAAUGCAGCAAGAUGACAACGUCACCCUGGAACAGCGGUUGACCACGCUAGAAGUGAAACUAAUUGACCUGGAAUUUGCCAUUGCCCGAAUGCAAACCAACGCGCCCGAACCCACCGAAAAGCCAUCGCGCCCACGACACCCCCCCUCAACAGACUCCUUUCCCCCUCACAUGCGUAACAAACCCACCGCAUUCCUAUCGACAAGCGACCGCGAUGACUCCCCAAGCCCCCUCCCAACCAUCUCCACCCGCCCCUCCAGCACGAGCACAAUCCGCCAAGACUCAAUGAACCGCACUCUCCGCCCUGCCCCAUCAGCAUCAUCCCUGUCAGACUACCACGGCGUUUCAAUCGAGCAAUACAGCACGCUAGUCACGCUGCUGCGCCGUGAACAAACAGCCCGCAGAAACCUAGAGACACAAGUCGGUAGUCUACGCGAUGACAUCCGUGACCUGCAGCGCGCAGCUCUCGAAUCCAUGCAGUCAAACAUGGACACGAUGCAGCCCGCCCAUGCCACGGAGUCGCGGCAGUUCCUGCGCUUCCGUCGCGCGCUAGAUGACUCCGAUAAUUCUCCGGUGCUCAGAUCGGAUGAUAAGUACACUGGCACUGCAGACACAGACUCCGAUUUGGAUCGGGAUGUCCAUUCCCGCGAUGAUCCAUUCGGCCCAUCAAAGUGGGAGCGCCAGCGGGUUACAACUGUCCCUAUGAUUUGA